AUGGCUUCUAAGCGGCAAGCCACAGCCUCGAGACCUCGUCGCGACUCGGCGAGCGCUACAGGUUCUCAUUCUACCGUCAAUAAUCGAAUGCGAGUCACCAAACCCGGACCCCGACCGUCUCCGAAUAAGCCCACCGAUGGCCUCCGAUCCAAGACUCGAUCCUCGACCCGCUCCCACAUUCAGUCAUACGUUGGCAUGGAAAGUUCUGAUGAAGAAGACUCCGUCGCGGACGAACCCGAAGAUUUUGAGGAAUCACCCCGUACCUCACGCAAGAGUCCCCGAAAAACGCCGACCAAGGCUAGAGACGGAGGAGGGGCUAGGCGGGCCGGCACCAAACGCAAGUCAACCACAACCGCGCGAGACUCUGCCCCUAAGAGAGGCCGAGGUCGACCUCGCAAAGUGGAGGCUUCCCCGCGGAAAGCCAAACACGACUCCUCAGACGAAUCCGACGACAUUGGGUCCGAAGACGAACUCUCAGAUGCCGAAAGUGCUCCCAAGACCACUCCGGCUAAGCCGCGUGGAAGGCCUCUGAAGACAAAGGCGGAUGUCGAGAUGAACAACACAACUUCUGUUAUCAUACCAAACUGGCUCGACCCUCAAAUUGCGCAUUCAAUCUGGGUCCAGAUAUUUCAGUUCGCGGCGACUUCAGGCGAUGAGCAGGAUACAUUAGACGUCAACUGGAUUCUCCACACGGCUAGAGCGUGUAGGCAAUUUGCUGAUCCGGCAUUGACCGUUCUCUACAAGUGCCCACCGAUACGGGACGAAACCAAAGCUUAUGCGCUCGCGGAGCUACUCGAGAAGCCGCCAUCGCAGACCGCUUUCAACUACAGAGCAAAAAUCGAGGCCCUUCACAUCGAUGUGAGACUGGUGUCUUUACGAGGUCUUACGUCGCCACUGAAGCUGAUGCAGAACUUACCACGUCUCAAGGAGGUCAUGCUCGUGCAUGGAUAUGACCAGGCCCCUUUCCGAAAGCUAAAGGAAUCCAUUAAGUGGACUUACCCUGACGAGCUCUUUCAAGCAUUCGAGGUGUCGCCUACCGCAGAUGCCAAGGCUGGGGACAAGACUGCGAUAACUCGGCUCCAAAGCUGGCAGUGGAGCUCUCGGCUGAUGGACAAGAACUGGGAGGCUAGCCUUGCGAGGCUUCAAGAAGUUCAUCAGAUGCCGAGCUUCGUCCCUUUACGGAAACUCAAGUUCGUAAACUACCAGAUGCCGUCCAUCAGACUGGACAAAGAUCCCGAGACCAAUCCCGAAUUGCUGGCUGAAGAUCAGAAGUCUGUGAGCCUGCUUGCGAACUCUAUCCUGGCUCUUCCCAAUCUCGAGGAUCUGGUUUUUGAAUCCUCGACCAUUAUUACUACGUCCCUGUUUCCCUUGCUCCCAGCAAAGCUGAAACGCCUAGAGCUAGUGAAUUGCGCCGAAGUCAUUGCCGACGAUUUCAGCCUGUUUCUGGUCACGAAGGGACAUCAAUUGCAGUCGCUCGUGUUGAAACACAAUCGCUCCCUGAACCUGUCCUUCCUCACAGUGCUAGGAACUGCCUGUCCGCAUCUUAAGGAGCUGCGUAUGAACCUGCAGUACUUCAGCUUGUUGGAGUCGAGCAAUGAUCGACUCCCCUCAUAUGACACACUUUUGCUUCCGAACGAGGUUCCUAGCUGGCCAGCAUCUUUGCAGGUGGUACGUUUGGAGAAUCUCCGCCACUGGAGCUCUGGCGCAGCUGAUACUGCGGCUGCGGAAGCCUUUCUUCAAUCAUUGAUUGAUAGCGCUAAAGACCUGCCGGAUCUUAGACACAUCUCGAUCAAGGCAAUGCUCAGCAUUUCCUGGCGAUCACGAGUCGAGCUCCGCAAGUCGUGGCAGGAGAAGUUUGAGAAGAUCUUCCUCCGGCAAAGCCCCGACCCAAGGCCACAUUUCACCCUCCAGAAGCCGCUACCCGUCGAGCCAUCUCUCCUGGUCGUUUCGAAGCGCAAGUCCAAGAAACCUGCCGCAGAACCAGCUCGGCGGAGCAAACGAGUUGUGUCCCAUGCUUCGGGUACCUCUUCUCGCGCUAGUAGCACGUCGAGGGGGCUUCGUGGCCAGCUGCAGAAGCCCAAGUCAUACGCGGAGCCCGACAGCGAUGAAUUUGACUCUGAUAGCGAUGUCGAAGUGGAAGAGCCAUCAGAAGAUUCCAAUCAGGGUGAAACCGACGAAGCCGCCGAAGGAGCAGCGGCAAACACAUUCGUUCAAGGCAUGUGCAACGUCGUUGAUAUCCACAUCGACAACCAAAAACCUCGGGAGCACCAGUACAGCAUGGAUGACUUCCUGAACGACGAACGAGACUUUGAGGUCGAUGACGAAUGGGAUAGCGAUAUGGAUUACGAGUAG